AUGUCUUUGGAAGCCUUCAUUCGUCAAGCCGAUCGUCUGGUCACCUUCAAUGCCGAAGUAGUCCGUGGUAAUGUUCCCUUGACGUCUGCCCAAUUCGUAAAAAUUCACAUUUCUGAAGUUAAGUCCUUAUGGGCAGGCACCAAAUCAGCGUAUGACCAAUUUAUGUCCGAUCGAGCUAGCGAAGAACAGAACGAGGAGGAUAAUGAACAGGAAGAAGAUGCAGAAGCCGCUUCAGAGCUUGAGACAUUCCAAGCCAAGUAUAAUAGUGCCUAUAUCACUUAUUGCGAGUGCUUGGCUCGCCUUACACAGUUGUCUGAGGAUCUCCAAACAGUUCCUAAAGAGCCGUCUGUUUCACUUCCAAACCCUUCGCCUCAGAGUCCUAAUUCUAUGGUCCAUAAUGAUCACGGUUCAAAUUAUUCUUUCAAUUUGCCUCCAUGUGAUACCGAAGUCUUCAACGGGGAUUAUAUGUCAUGGCCUACUUUCCGAGAUUUAUUCACAGCCGUGUACAUAAAAAAUUCUAGGCUCAGUCCAGUCGAGCGAUUGUUUCAUUUGACCCAGAAGACUAAAGGCGAAGCUAGAGAUAUUGUUCAACGCGCACCUUUGACAAAUCAAGGUUUUCAACUUGCUUGGAAAGGUUUGUGCGAUCGUUUCGAAAAUAAGCGAAUUCUUGUUAAUGGUCAGUUAAAAGUUCUACUCAAUCUUCCUGUCAUUAAUUCCGAGUCAGCGAGUGCAAUUAAGUCAUUGCAACGCGACAUAAAUUCUUGUAUUGCUGCGUUAUCUCUGUACGAUAUCGACGUCAGAAGUUGGGAUCCAAUAUUUGUUUUUCUUUGUUCGAAUCGUCUUCCUGACUCAACUCUGACGCUUUGGGAACAAGGUUUGGCUGACAAGACUGUUAUUCCAAAAUGGGCUGACCUUGAUUCUUUCCUUACGAAUCGACAUCGUACGCUCGAAUCCGUCUCCGAGAUGCGCAAUUAUCCGAAGUCUGAUGGUCAUAAAACUAAAUCCAAUAUACAUUCAAAUAAUUCGAAGUUCAGCUCAUUUCAGACCAAUGUUACGGCUCCAAAUUGUCCUUUGUGCAGAAAUUCCGCUCAUAUAAUUCGAAAAUGUCCUAGAUUCAUUGCUAUGGAUGUUGAACAACGAGUGGCUGAGAUCAAGAAACAAGGUCUAUGUCUGAAUUGUUUCUCGAAAACUCACCACAUAAAAAAUUGUACGAGUAAAAAUAAUUGUUUCGAAUGUCAGAGGCGGCACAACACUAUGCUCCAUGAUCGUUCAAAUUCACCUACGAGCUCUGCCAAUUUAAGCCCACACUCCACUCAAUUUGCUCCCAAUUCAAUACAGGCCACUAGUUCAGGGGGUGGAGUAAUUCAAACAUGUUUUACAUCCAACUCUCGGGGUGUUUUGUUAGGGACUGCGUUGGUGAAUGUGAUCCACUUAGGUGUAACGUAUCACGCUCGUGUACUCCUAGAUUCGGGUUCUCAAGGAACAUUCAUAUCCGAACGAUUCUUCAACAAACUAAAACUUUCGUAUCAGCGUACCAACGUUCAAGUUUCUGGUCUUAAUAACUCGGCAGCUGCCUCCGUUCGAAAAUUAUGUUCUGUUGUGCUGUCCUCUCGAUUUGAUGAUUCCGUUCAGCUUUCCGUGCAAGCAUUCGUGGUUCCACAUUUGUCUGGAAAUCUUCCUUCCCGCACAUUACCACCAUAUUUGUUCUCUCAACUUCCUUCAAUUAAUCUGGCUGACCCACAUUUCUUCAAAAGCUCAAGCAUCGAUAUCCUUAUAGGCGGUGAUUUUCUUCCAAACAUCAUGCGUGCUGGGGUAAUGCGCGAUAUUUGCGACUCCUUAAUGGGACAAGAAACUAUCUUCGGAUGGAUUUUAACUGGCCCCGUUCCGGAUUUCACUCCACCAGCCUCUCUUACUUCCAAUUUCUGCGAGGUCUCCUUAGUCAAAGAGAUUUGUCAUUCCUACGAAGUUGAGAACCUUCCUAGAGAAAAAAUUCCUCCUGACACCGAUGAAUAUUGUGAGGAGCUCUACGUUUCCACUACAAAAAGGAAUAAAGAUGACUGUAAAAAGGAGUAUGAUCAGGUACUCAAUGAGUACGUUCAGUCGAAACACAUGGUCUCAGUUCCUAAUCCAUGUUUAAAUAGUGCUUCACGUCAUUAUGAUUUACCACAUCCUUCAGAUACGUCCAAUGGUCACAGCCUGAACGAUGUUUUGCACGCUGGUCCGGUGUUGCAAUCUGACUUGACCACUUUCCUUCUCAAAUGGCGUUUCUUCCGAAUUAUAUUCAAUGCGGACAUCGAGAAUAUGUACCGCCAGAUUCUUGUUCAUCCAGAUCAUACUCCGUUCCAACGUAUAAUAUUCCGCAACCACCCAG